AACAACAUUAGUUUGGACUCUAAAAUCGAUUAAAUAUAUGUAUAAAAUCGCUUCAUACAUGAUUUUCUGGACUGUUCAAUAAAAAAUAAGUUGAUAGAAAAAUAUUUUUAUUGUUUAAAUAUGCAACGAUCAUUUUCUAUUGUGAACGAUGAAGACUUGGAUGAAGACGAGCAACCAAAUGAAGUCCAGCCAUUCGACCUGAAGUCCGAAUUUUCAGACUCCGAGCCGGAAAAUUCGAAAGACUUGAGUCACAUUAGUCCUAAGAAACUGCCACCUCAGCCUCUGGACCCGAAAACCCUCUUGAAUAGUAGAAAACCAGAGGCUUUGCCAAGGAGAAAAUCCGCUUCAUCUUCUAACAGAAGACUAGGAAUUAAUCGCGGCAAGACUUCGAAUGCCAGCGAUAGCGAGGACAGUGGAAAUGAGGAACAAGAGAAAAAAAAUCCUGGGGAAUAUGAUCCAGCGCAAUUCGCCAAUUUGCAAGUUCAAUCCGAAGUUGCAGAGCUUUUUGAGUAUAUCGUAAGGUACAGUCCUGCGAAGGUGGCCACUGAAUACAAAUUUAAGCCUUUUAUACCGGAAUUUUUGCCGGCAGUGGGCGAUAUUGAUGCUUUUCUUAAAGUCAUUCCUCCAGAUACCACUCCUAGUGGAGAAGUUUUUGAUGAGAAUGUAUUGCAACUGGGCCUCGUAGUGCUGGAUGAGCCAGCCUCAAACCAGAGCGACCCUGCUUUGCUACAUUUACAGCUCAGAGCUAAAAAUGAUAGUCUGAUGACCAGCAGUGAGCAAAAGCAUAUAGUAGUGAAAAAGAUUAGCAACGUUGAGAAAAAUUCCAAAGUGAUUGAAAAGUGGAUUAAAGAUGUAUCGCAUCUGCAUAAGAGUAAAUGCUCUCCAGUAGUCCGAUAUUCUCAACCUAUGCCGGAUAUUGAUGAUCUGAUGCAACAAUGGCCAGAGGAUUUGGAACGGAAAUUUAAAGAAGCUGGCUUUCCGCGCCCCAACGAAGACCAACCACUAUCAAGCUACGUUGAUACUGUUUGUAACUAUUUCCAAAUUCCCAAAGCAAAAAACAAGAUUCAGUCCAUGCAUUUAUUAUUCUGCUUGUAUACUGCCAUGAAGCAAACUCAACUUUAUCAAGCUCAAUAUACAGUGGGAUUGGAAAAAGCUGAGGAAAUUGAAGAUAGGAACGUUACGGAUCAUACGGAUCAAUUGGUGUUAGACUAGGUGUUCAAAAAAGGAUAUACAUAUAAAGAACCUUGAGCCCGGACUAUCUAGAAUCUAGAAAUUUGGAAAUUUCCGUACCGAUACUUGCUUUUCUUGAAGAUAAGAAUGAUAAUGUCAAACGUACGCCAUCCAAUGAGUGUGGUAUCUUCGUCUAAUAUGUGCAAAAUGAGAGAGCUAUACCUAGCCAGGCCUUGCAGUUUAUCGCCCAACGACUAUUCAUUUAGACAGCCAUGGUGACCAAUACAACAUACAUUUUAUAACAGCUCCAAUUUCCACUUGCGCCAUAUUUGUCACCUUCGAAGGUUCCCUCAGAAGCAAGAUAACAUUUGGAAAAUUAAUCAGCUAUUAGUAUCAUUGCCUAUGUUCAGAAUUUUGAAAAUUCGACAUUAUUUAAACAAUUUACGGUUGGCAACAUGGCGACGCCAAGUACUCGGGAAUCAUGGGUAAAUCAUGAACGUCCCUUGACAAAUGACCAUUGUUACGCAUUUUCGCAAAAAACAAACAUUGUGAGACUGCUUUAAGGCAAAUUUGUGUCCCAUGUGACGAAGGAAACUCUUUAGUGGAUUGCAGUUCAUUUGGAGUGCAAGCUAGUGCGUGAUGUUUUGAUUUACAAACAGAAAUAAAGCAAACUUUAUCAGGUA